AUGGCUUGCUUGCAAGAAUGGGAUGCCGACAGGCGUCAGGCGGCGCAUGCCGAGAAGUCGCUUGCCGUGCGGGAGCUCGUGCGCCUCUCCCUGCGCGUGCAGUCCACGGGCGUCGUCGCGGAGCUUCAUCUCGACACGGCACUGGUUGCUCCGAGCGGCAGCGGAGCUGAUCACGAGCGACGAAUUCGCCGGGGAUGCCAGGCAACAGAUGGGCGCGCAGAUAAUUGGCGUGGCGUCCUAAACAACGCGACCGACGAGCAUGCUCAACUGCUGCGCGACGCUCUCUGCGACCCCGACUUUUGUAUGCGCUUUGCCAUUCGCCGCCGCAUUGGCUCAGGGGGCACAGUCCGCUUGCAGUGGCUCUUCCGCACGAAUAGCGUUGUUGGCCGCUGCGGAAUCGGAUCGAUCCCAUGGAGGAGGAGGGCGCGGUCGGCCAGCGCAGCAGGCGGAGUCCCUCCCCGCGCCGGAGCCCCCCUGCAGUCGAGGGAGUCCUCGUUGGCGAUGAAGAAAGCCGCGCUCCAGGAGCACGCCAAGAUGCAAUGGCUCGCUUGCUUCGAUUCAGCUCUCUCGGCAGCAGAAGUGGGGCUGGAGCGGGUGGGGGUGGAUGCCGAUUGA